AUCAGCAUAAAUGACAUGUGCACGAUGUGCGUAGGUGCGUUUAAAGCAGGAUCACUCUCAUUCAGCCAUGCCCACACUUUGACACACUGACCUACUUCCCAAGUAGCCUGCACAUAGUAUUUUGAGCUCACUGCCCGUGGAUCAGGACAACACACUCGCAAAACAGGGUGACCACACGUGCCGGUGUGAUUACAUCAGUUAUUGCGGAAAGUAGGUGUCUUUUAUAAGAAGAAAUACAUGCGCGUUCGUGUCCUCUUGAUGCAGAAUUAUGUAUCUGCCCCCUGCGUGUGCAUGACAGCGGCGAGAGACGCAGCAGCAGCAGCAGAGCCAUGUUUUCCUGCGCUCACGUGUUCCACCGGCUCUGCAGCUCUAAGUGACGUGAGCUUAUUACGGGAGCUGCUCCUGCUGUCCCAUAUCAGCAACAGCCAGCUAUUUCUCCAGCCAUCCCCGGCCAUGGCUCCAGCUGAAUGCUGUCUUCUCGACGUGCAGAGCACUACACCUGGAGGAAACUGCUCUUUUUAAUGAUUUCAACGCGCCAGUUUGUUUCACAAUGAAACGAGGAAGAUCAAGUCUCAUAUCCAAGUGCCUCACCUCCCCCUCCCACGAGGAACCAGCUAAGAAACAGAAGUGGCCGGCUUGCAGCUUUGGGCUGUUGCCAGCAAAGGACUGGGGAAACCUGCCCUACCACGUCAUCCUGCAGAUCUUCCAGCAUUUGUCCCUGGUUGACCGGGCCAAGGCCUCCUCCGUGUGCAGGUGCUGGAAUGACGUCUUUCACACCCCUGAGCUGUGGAGGAGGUUUGAGUUUGAGCUCAACCAGCCGGCCACUUCUUACCUGCGCUCCACUCACCCUGACCUCAUUCAGCAGAUCAUCAAGAAGCACGCCCAGCACCUGCAUUAUGUCAGCUUCAAAGUGGACAGCUGCACAGAAUCUGCAGAGGCGGCCUGUGAUAUUCUCUCCCAGCUGGUGAACUGCACCAUCAAGACCCUGGGGCUGAUUUCUACAGCACGCCCCAGCUUCAUGGAUGUGUCUCAGGCACACUUUGUGUCUGCACUGACUGUGGUCUUUGUGAACUCCAAGUCCCUGUCCUCCAUCAAGAUUGAUGACACCCCGGUGGAUGAUCCAUCCCUGAAGGUGCUGGUGGCCAACAACAGCGACACCCUGAAGCUGCUGAAAAUGAGCAGCUGUCCACAUGUCUCACCAGCAGGUAUCUUGUGCGUAGCAGACCAGUGCCAUGGGCUGAGGGAGCUGGCAUUGAACUACCAUCUCCUCAGUGAUGAGCUUCUUCUUGCCUUGUCCACUGAAAAACACGUGCACUUGGAGCACCUGCGCAUCGAUGUGGUUAGCGAAACCCCCGGCCAGACUCACUUUCACACCAUCAAGAGGAGCAGCUGGGAGGCUUUGGUGCGACACUCCCCUAAGGUCAACAUCGUCAUGUACUUCUACCUCUACGAGGAAGAGUUUGAGCCCUUCUUCUGUGAGGAGACCCCAGUCACCCACCUGUACUUUGGCCGGGCAGUAAGUAAAGACAUGUUGGGCCGCAUCGGGCUGAACUGCCCUCGGCUGGUGGAGUUGGUGGUGUGCGCCAAUGGGCUGCAGCCCCUCGACGAGGAGCUGAUCCGCAUCGCAGAGCGCUGCAAAAGCUUGACGGCCAUCGGGCUGGGGGAGUGCGAGGUGACCUGCAGUGGCUUUGUGGAGUUUGUGAAGAUGUGCGGGGGCAGGCUGACGCAGCUGUCCAUCAUGGAGGAGGUGCUGAUCCCAGAUAGCACCUACAACAUGGAGCAGAUCCACAGCGAGGUGUCCAAACACCUGGGACGCAUGUGGUUCCCUGAUAUGAUGCCCACCUGGUAGACCAACGUGAAGCCACAGUGGCAGGUUAAUAAUGAGCUCAUGACCCUUUUUUGGACUUUUGAAUUACAUGACAGAAAGAGGUAUUUAAAUACAGUUAUAUGUUUGACUGUUUGGGUGAUGUUUCAGACAUUAAAUGUUCUUGGACAGCAGGGUGAUUCGUGAUGAAAUUUUAUCUACAGUAUUUGAUGUAAUUUAAAGAAAAUGACAGAUUAGGCUUCUCCAUGCAUCGUGAAUUAUGUAAAGUGAAAUGUUGCAUGUCAUAGGUUUAGUCAGUCUGAACAGUCGGUGCAAGCUUUCAAGCAUUGCCUUAUAGGGCGUGGGUCUGCCACCUGCUGGCUUCUUAUGCUAAACGCAUCACAUUUAUGAAAUGCUAGACUUGAUGCCAAUUAUACAGUACAUUCCUCUGUUUACGUCUCUGCUUAAAACUGUGUUUUUCUCAGCGUAUGUUACAGCUGGAAUCCAGCUAAAAGUGCUGACUGUAAUGAUAUCUGACUGGAGUGUUUCCAGUUGAGUUCACGCGGGUCAUGCCUUCAUAUGAAACACAACAGGUCUUUUGUUUUUUCUAUCGACUUGUUUGCUUCUUUGAGAAUUUUAAAUUUCAUUCCAAACUGCACUUUUUGAAUUAAGUUGUCAGCUCAUCAUUCGGUGUCACGAUUUUCUUUAAAUACCCUUUUUUAUUGUUAUUAUUUUUAAGGCUUUGUAGUACGUUGAAAUUAGCUGUAGACAUUUAAAAGUGUGGUCGGGAUUUGCGUGUGUUGUACUUGAUCAUGAAACCAGACCCGCUGGUUUUCAUUUUUCACUGAUGAAGUCAUUUUUCUUUUCUGUUUGAAUUUAUUAUCUAAACGUAUGAUCUGUCGGAAUCUGUUAUUGAUGUUCUGAGAUGUCUUAGAGUAAUAUUGACACUGUCAAUCUAUUUUGUGGUACAAUUGAAACUACUUGUAGUAAACAACUUUUCAAAUGUAAUUUUUUUGAGGAAAAAAAUAUAACUAAUUUCAUA